GUUUUUAUUAUAUUUUUAAAAGUUAUCUAAAUAAACUUAAAACAAAAUUUGAAAUCCCAAUUACCAUAUCAAAUCGGAUUUGAACAAAUAUAUAAGAUAUUGAUGCUAUCAUCAUCUAGGCCCUGUUAUGAACAUUAGAAAAUAGGCUUUUUGUUGGGUAAAAUGCUAGCCUUUGUUAUUUCAAAUUUCAAUUAAUAAAACAUUUUAAUUUCGAAUUUUAGUAAUUAUUAGUAUUAUUCUAGUAUUUCUGAACAAAGAAAACACUUACAUGAUUAACGCUUUGUUGUUUCUUUUACUUUGGUAGGGGAUAAUGCCUGAGUUUCAGCUAAAUAAAUAGGUUAACCGUUCCUAGGCCUGCAACUAAACCCGGAAGGGAGGACAUGAGCUGCUGGGCCAAAGCCUCAAAUAAACAUUUUAAUUUUUUUGAAAAAAAGAUUAAGCCCAAAGGGACAGCCCAGCCCAUAUAAGUGGAGAAGAACAUUCUACGCUGCAAUCGCAAAUCUCUCUCUCUCUCUCUCUCUCUCUCUCUCUCUCUCUCGCUCAUUCAGCGACGGUGGCCCAGAUUUACAGGCCCUUUUCAUUAUUACACAAACACUCCACUCUCUCUCUCCACCGCUUUUUUUCCCUUUUUUUUUCUUCCUAUUUUCUUUUCUUUCCCUCUCCCUUCUUCUAUCAUAGCUGCUCAAAAAAAUCUCCUUCUCUCUCUGUAUAUUUGCAAAACGCGCGAGAUUCAAGAGUCUCCUCAGCUAAAUCAGAUCGUAGACUGUAUGCUGCUGGCACAUGGAAUGCAACACAAAAUAUUCUUACGAACUGUGAUUGCCUUCUAACUGAUAUGUUCAAGGUUGAACAUAUGGGCAUUUCUCCAUCACAAGCAAAGAGUAAAAAAGGAAACCAUUUUUGCCCUGAAGAAAGCACAUCAGAGCAGGCCCAUGAAUUUCGUAGUGAAUAUUUACUUUCUGAACUUUCAGAAAAUAAACAUCAAUGUGGCUAUGCAAUAACACAAAAUGAAUCAGCAGAAAUUGCCACUGUUGAGUCUCGCUCCAGCAUUCGCGAACCAUCUUCUGAAUAUGUGGCUAAGAAUUCUUCCCCUGAAUAUUUGGGACUGCUUCCUAAAGGUGUGACCAAUCAUAAUAAUACUGAUAAAAGUUUUUGCCCUCAAGAAACUGUAUCAGGAAAGAUACAUGAGUAUGGUUUUGGAUAUGUGCACAAGGAAACAUCAGAAAAUAAGAUCCAGUCUGGUUCUGAAAUUGUUCACAAUAAACAUGAAGCAUCCUGUACUUUGGUUUGUGGCCUUCCUGCCAAACAUUUGCAACCAUUUUCUGAAGAUUUUUCCCAGAAUGCUAUUACUAAAAGUUUAGGGCUGUUGCCAGAAGAUUCAAGUAAGUACACUCAGACUGAUAAACUUUCGUGUCCCCAACUAGGCAGUGCAGAGCCAACAGUUAGCUUUGGUUCUGAAAACAUAUGUAAGGUACUUAGUGAGCCACCGGAGCAGGGACGACAGCUUGAUUCUGAAAGUUUACCAAAUGGUAUAGAAAAAAGCACUACUGCAGUAUCUGUUAAUGUUUUUAAUCAAGCCUUGCAAUUGAAUCCUGAAGAUACGAACAAGGGUAAUUGUGGCAAACAUUUACAAUCACCUUCUGAAGGUGUGAGCAAUGUUAUUCAGACUAGUAAAAGUUCUCUUGUUGAUCCUUUAGCAUUGCCUCAAGAAUUUGCUUUGGAAAAUCCUAGCAUUCAACAACCAAGGCUCCAUUGUGAAAACAUGGCAAACAAUUCUGGUGCAGAACAGCAUGAAACAACACCUAAGAAUUUACCCAAUAAUUCUGGCCGACACAGGGAUGGAAAAACUUCAAAAAUGAUAAAGAAGAAAUAUAUGCUAAGAUCUUUGACAAGCAAUGACAGGAUUUUGCGUUCAAAGUCGCAGGAGAAAUCUAAAGCUAGUGAGUCGAGCAAUAGUUUGGCUGAUGUUGGUUCUAGCAAGCAGCAAAAAAGGAGGAAGAGGAAGAGGAAGAGGAGGGAAAAGGGAGAAGUUGUUGAUGAAUAUUCAAGAAUCAGGGCACAUCUUAGGUAUUUAUUGAAUCGAAUAAACUAUGAGCGAAGCCUGAUUGCUGCAUAUUCUACAGAAGGCUGGAAGGGACUAAGCCUAGAAAAGUUAAAGCCAGAGAAGGAGCUUCAACGUGCUACAUCUGAAAUUCUUCGACGCAAAUUGAAAAUUAGAGAUCUAUUUCAACGAAUAGAUUCAUUAUGUGCUGAAGGAAGGCUUCCAGAAUCUUUAUUUGAUUCUGAAGGACAAAUUGACAGUGAGGAUAUAUUCUGUGCAAAAUGUGGGUCCAAGGACCUGUCUGCCAACAAUGAUAUCAUACUCUGUGAUGGUGCUUGUGACCGUGGAUUCCAUCAAUAUUGCUUGCAACCGCCUUUGUUAAAAGAAGACAUUCCUCCCGAUGAUGAGGGUUGGUUAUGCCCUGAAUGCGAUUGCAAAGUUGAUUGUAUUGAAUUGGUUAAUGAAUCUCAAGGAACAAGUUUUUCUCUCACUGACAAUUGGGAGAAGGUCUUUCCUGAGGCAGCAGUAGCUUCAGGUGGACAAAAGCAGGAUCCUAACUUUGGACUACCUUCAGAUGAUUCUGAUGAUAAUGAUUAUAAUCCUGAUAGUUCAGAAACUGAUGAGAAGGAUCAAGAAAAUGAGUUAAGUUUUGAUGAAUCUGAUUUCACUUCUACAUCUGAGGAAUUGGAAGUACCAGCUAACGUCGAUCCGUAUUUGGGGCUUCCAUCUGAUGACUCAGAGGAUGAUGAUUAUGAUCCUGAUGGUCGAGAUCAUGAUAAUGUGGCUAAGCCGGGAAGUUCAAGUUCAGAUUUUACAUCUGAUUCUGAGGGUCUUGGUGCUAUGUUGGAAUAUGAUAGUUCUUCCCAAAAAGGUGAAGGCCCAAUGUCUAAUAGUGCUUCCAAAGAUUCCAAGGGGCGAAAACCUAAACUUGGUGGAAAAGAGUCUUUAAAUGAUGAGCUGUUAUCAAUAAUGGAAUCAGCUACCGGACUAUAUGGUGCUGUUGUUUCUAAGAAACGAAGCAUCGAAAGGAUGGACUACAAAAGGUUAUAUGAUGAGACAUAUGGCAAUGUUCCUUCAAGUUCCAGUGAUGAUGAAGAUUGGAGUGAUACCACUGCACCAAGAAAAAGGAUGAAAUGUACCGCAGAAGCAGCAACGGCAACAGCACCAGCAAAUGGAAAUGCUUCUUUAAGUAGGAGUGUAUCAAUUUCCGAUGGUUUAAAUCCAAAUCCAGAAGAGACUGAGCAUAAACCUAGGAGAAGAACUCGCCAGAAGUCAAAUUUUAAGGGUACAGAUUUAUCACCUGCUGAAUUCAAGGGAGGCGCAUCUGCAUCUGGUUCAAGUGGCAAAAAAGCAGGUUCAUCAACAUAUAGAAGACUAGGAGAAGCUGUAAAGCAGAGACUUUAUAAAUCUUUCAAGGAAAGCCAGUAUCCUGACCGAGCCACGAAAGAGAGUUUGGCUAAAGAGCUAGAAAUUACUUUCAUGCAGGUCAGCAAAUGGUUUGACAAUGCUCGCUGGAGCUUCAACAAUUCAUCAUCUAUUCACGAAACCGCCGCAAAAAAAGUUUCAAAAAAUGAUAUUACCUUGGCUCGUCCAAAGAAAAAUCGACAGAUCGGGAUCUAGAAAGAGAACUCAAAUGGUGAAAUGAGGGAUUCAUGCAGCUGAUUUAGAUUUUCAAAAUCCUGAUUGAGAAGCAAAAGCUCCCUGUCGUUUUAAAUUAAUGCAUAGGAGGCAGGCUCCAGACAAGGAAUUUGGUAGUUGAGAAAAUGAAUUUUGUAUUUUUCAUUGUCCUAGGAGAAAUUUUAACCAGACACCUAAAGCUAGAAAAAGAAAAAAAAGAAUCGCCCGUACUAAACAAAGUUUGCAUUUGCCAUGGAAUGAACAAUUCGCUUAUGCUGAGACCGUCAUCCAAACAUCGAAAGUGCAUUUGUUGUCUGUAUUUUGUAAUUUACUAAUAAAGUCGAUUUUUAUCUGUUUUAAUAGUUUACUGGCAGCAAUAAAUAACUGUGGUUCAGUGGUAGUGGUAUUGAAACCGGUUUCGGGAUUUGAGUUCGAAUUUUAUAAUUUAAAAAAUCGCAGUAAAAGAGAAACUGUGACUAAGGUGUGUUGAAGUAACCAUUCAAGGCCUGAUAAUUAGUCAAAGAUAACCGGAUUUUUUCAUUAUGAGUUAAUAUAGUUUUCCUCGUUAAGGAAAAUUGUAGUAUGGAAAGA